AUAAAAACUUGGACAAUGCGGAGGAUGCAGCGGAGCAUUUCAAGCUGAUUCAGGCAGCUUACGAUGUCCUGAGUGAUCCACAGGAGAGAGCUUGGUAUGACAAUCACAGGGAGGCUCUGCUGAAAGGAGGACUGAGUGGAGAUUAUGAAGAUGACAGCAUCGACCUGCUGCAGUACUUCACGGUCACCUGCUACUCUGGCUACGGAGAUGACGAGAAGGGCUUUUACACAGUCUACAGGAAUCUCUUUGAGUCCAUUGUUAAAGAGGAGAUGGAGCAAGGCAGGGUGGAAGACGAGGAGGAGGAAGAGGAGUUUCCUCCAUUUGGAGACUCUCAGAGUGAUUAUGAUACCGUAGUGCACGUGUUUUACGGCUACUGGCAGAGCUUCUGUACUCGUAAAAACUUUGCCUGGAAGGAGGAGUAUGAUACAAGGCAGGCCUCCAACCGCUGGGAGAAAAGGGCCAUGGAGAAGGAGAACAAGAAGACCAGAGAGAAGGCUCGAAAGGAGCGCAACGAGCUUGUGCGACAACUAGUGGCUUUUGUCCGCAAGCGGGACCGCCGUGUGCAGGCCCACAGGAAGCUGGUGGAGGAGCAGAACGCUGAGAAGAUCAAGAAGGUGGAGGAGCUGAGGCGGAAGCAGAAGCUGAGCCAGGCCAAACUGGCGGAGGAGUACAAGGAGCAGAGCUGGGCGGCCAUGUCUGAACUUGAGAAGGAGCUGCAGCAGAUAGAGGCUCAGUACGGAGAGGAGUUUGGAGACGCAUCGGAGAGUGAGGAAGAAGAGAACAGUGAAGAGGGAGGAGAUACAGAGCAGCCUGAUGGAGACGAACUCACAAUUGACUAUUAUGAUGAUCUGUACUGCCCAGCCUGUGACAAAUCCUUCAAAUCAGAUAAAGCUAUGAAAAACCAUGAGAAAUCCAAAAAGCACCGGGAGAUGGUGGCGUUGCUGCGGCAACAGCUGGAGGAAGAAGAAGAGUCACUUGGUUUAAACCUGGAUGGAAAGGAGAGAAGAGACGAGGAACAUAAGCAGGAAGAGGAGGAGGAGGAGGAAGAGGAGGAGGAGGAUGACAAGCCAAGGCAAAAGCUUUCCAAAAAGCAGAAAAGGAAAAAGAAACAGCAGAAAGUAGUACAUCAGAGUGCUCCAAAAGAGGAGGAGGGGGAGGAAAAACCAGUGCUGACCACACGCGAGGAAGAUGCCCCCGAGAAGUCAGCGGACACUACAGAGCCGGAGGAGCAGGAGGAUCUCCCUCCCACAGAAGUGAAGACCCCUGGGAAGCCAAAGGGAAAGAAGGGAGGAAAAGACAAACCAAAAAAUGUCAAGUCCAACACAGGAGGAGAACAGUUUCCUGAGAAAGAAGUAACCCUCCACUGUGUGACCUGUAACAACGAGUUCCCAACAAGAAACAAAUUGUUUGACCAUCUGAAAACCACCGGCCAUGCCUCUGCUCUCUCCUCAAACGCCGCUCACAGCGCCGUGAGCAAGAGCAAAAAGGACAAAAAGAAGAACAGAUAACAAAUAAUUCAUCUGGGCUGAUGAACCCGAAAGAGAGAGGGACACAGAAAGCAACGCUCUUGAAGGCUCUCAGGGGGAAGAUAAACUACAAAAAUGCCUUUUUAAAGUGGACUUUAAUGAACUGGAUUGGCUGACUGAGAGCAAAUUGUUUUUUUUGUUUUUUUUAAAAUUACACAAUCACGUUCUUUGAGACAACUGUGUAUGUGUGAGAGGCUCCUUUUGGUGUUUGAGUCUUCCAGCUUGGAAUGAUGUUUUCUGUACCUCUCCCAGUAACUUAUGAAAUCCUCUGUACUGAUAAACCAGUUGAGAAAACCAUACAGUAUGCACAUAGGAAACACCUUUUCAUCAGAUCCUUUGCUGUUUUAUGGAAUCAUUUCUCUUGGUUUGUCACGAAGAGCUCAAUAGUGGUAUUACUGCAUCAUAAAAAUAAAAGUGAUACUGCAUGUUGGUAUUUAAACAACAACUCUGGAAUGAUUUGCAUUAAUGCCUCAAGUAACCCUGGUUAACAAUAAACUGCUGUAUGUUGGACCUGUCCGUA